AUGUUUUCUCAGAUUCAUAUUUUUUAUUAUUGUUCAUCCAUUUUUUCUUCUUUUGUUCUUUUUUUACAUUCCCUUCUCUUUUAUAAUUCUUCCAACCAUAUUUACAUUCUUUAUUUCUUUCAUUCAACUUAUUCAUCUUUUUUCUUUUUUUCCCUUUCUUCAACGAUCAUUUGUAAAGUUCCUUUUCUUUUUUCUUUCUUUCUAAUUCAUGUUUUCUUUUUUCUUUUUCCCUUUCUUAUUGAUCAUUUCUUUUUUUACAUUUACGUCUGUAAAGUUCCUUAUUUUUCUUUCUUUCUUUCUUUCUUUCUUUCUUUCUUUUUCUUUUUCAGCUUUUCUUUUCUUUUUGCCUUCCUUGUUUCUUCUUUCUUUCUUUUCUUUUCAUUUUUCCUUUCUUUCGUUAUCUUUUGUAAAGUUCCUUGUCUUUCUUUGUUUCUUUGUUUCUUUCUUUCAAUACCAACAUCCUUUUCUUCUAAUAUAGUUUUCUGA